AUGCACUCAACCUCAUCAAGAACACCACCCCGCUCAGACCGAGCCCACUCCGCAACAACACCCCCCGAGACACACCCGACGCCGGCCAAGAAGCGCAAGCUGAAGCCCGCCUCAGCCAUCAUGUCCGCCGUCAUCAACCAGGUCAACCGCGAGAUCCAGACACGCUCCCCCGCGCCCUCGCCCAUCAAGCCCGCCGAGGUCAUCAACCCCUACGCCAGCCUCCAGCGCCGGCCCAAGCAGCCUCCGCCGAACGACCCCGCCCAGGCCCCGGGGGAGAGCGAGGCGCGCAAACGCAGGCUCGACGGCUGGCUCCAUCCGGACACCCCGUCUGAGACCCGCACCCCACCACAGCCGCCGGCCGAAGCCAUCCUCCAGCAAACCAUGCCCAAGGCCUACCGCCAGGACGCCCCCGCCAGGCCCAAGCGCAAGACCGGCCAGGUCGGCUCGCUCCCCGAGCGCCUCCUCAAGAAACAGAAGCUGCGCGAGGAACGCUUGCGCGCACGCUCCCCCGCCGAGCCUGCCCGACGAAGCCCACCGACUGCGGUGCCCGGGCCGCCCGCGGAGACCGAGCGGCCGACCAAGCACACCCCAGUCACUGCAGCCGCCCCCAACCCUUCGCCCGACGCCGCCCCACCGACAGGCCCCCCGCCCACCCUCACGCUCACCGCGCCUGCAGCCACUCCCCUAGUCCGUCCGCCCCUCCCCGCUGCCCCGGCGUCCCCGAAACUCACCCUCCUCUCUCCCCAGCAGCAGCACGCCGAGGCCCCCGCCAAGCCCCGCGCCGCCGUCAUCGCCACCGUCCGCGCCCUCCCGCCCCACCACCUCCGCGCGUCCUACGACCUGCUCCGCGGCUUCUGCGCCCCCCGGCCCCCCGCGCCUCCCGGCCUCCUGGGGGGCCCAGGCGACGGCCCGGUCGAGCACGUCUUGGCCCGCGUCCGCGCCGUCGAGUGCCCACGGCUGCCCACUUUCCUCCUCUCUUAA